CAGCCACUGAGCGAGCCUCCAGCCUGACCCGCCACGGCCUGCCCGCGGGAGCCAAGUCUCCUGCCAGUCCGUUGUGUCCCGUUUAACUAAUGAUCUGAACUGCUGCUUGUCUUAUAGACAUGAAUUACUCUCAUUUCAUCACUGCAGUAAGUGCAGCAAGAAAGGCAUCUCCAAUAAGACUUCUGACUGAAUUGAUGCAGAAGUCUCCCCCAUCACUAAUCUCCUUGGCUGGAGGGGCACCGAACCCCAACACUUUCCCAUUUAAGAUGGCCACUAUUACCACUGGAGAUGGAACUGCUGUGAAUAUUGGGGAGGAUUUGAUGAAGAGAGCCCUCCAGUACUCUGCCUCAGCAGGAAUUCCUGAGUUGUUGUCCUGGCUAAAGGAUUUACAGAAGAGUCUCCACAAUCCUCCCACUGCCAACUACAGUCCUGAUCAGGGCCAAAUGGAGAUAUGUGUCACCACCGGCAGCCAGGAAGGCUUGUCCAAAGUGUUUGAGAUGCUUAUUAACCCUGGAGACAACAUCCUUUUGGACACACCCACCUAUCCUGGGACUCUAGCAGCUCUAAGACCUUUGGGCUGCAACAUAAUCAAUGUUCCCAGUGACCAAUACGGUAUUAUUCCAAAAGCCCUGAAAGAAAUUCUUUCCAGAUGGAGCCCAGAAGAUGUCAGAAAGCACAACAACAGUCCCAAAUUCCUGUACACCAUUCCAAAUGGUGGCAAUCCCACUGGAACCUCAUUGACUACUGACCGCAAAAAGGAGAUAUAUCAGCUUGCAAGACAGUAUAAUUUCCUUGUAAUAGAAGAUGAUCCUUAUUAUUUUCUUCAGUUUGAUAAGCCUUGGGCUCCAACCUUCCUCUCAAUGGAUGUUGAUGGUCGAGUUAUCAGGACUGACUCUUUCUCUAAAAUUCUCUCCUCUGGGUUGAGAAUAGGCUUUUUAACUGGCCCCAAACCACUUAUUGACAGAGUUAUUCUGCAUAUACAAGUCUCAACAAUGCACACCAGCACUUUCACACAGCUUAUGAUUGCACAGCUUCUUCAGCAGUGGGGAGAAAAGGGUUUCCUGGAGCACGUAGACAGGGUAGUGGAGUUCUACAGGGCCCAGCGAGAUGCAAUGCUUGCUGCAGCAGACAAGUGGUUAAAAGGUCUGGCAGACUGGCAUGCUCCUGCUGCUGGCAUGUUUCUAUGGAUUAAAAUUAAGGGAGUUUCUGACACACAACAGCUGAUCAUGGAAAAAGCUUUGCAGAAAGAAGUAUUACUGGUUCCUGGGGGAGCAUUUAACAUUGAUAGCUCAGUUCCUAGUUCUUAUGUCAGAGCUUCUUUCUCUCUGUCUUCUCCAGCCCAGAUGGAUCAGGCUUUUCAGAGGCUGGCUGAGCUUAUAAAAGAAACUGUAUGAAGAGAGCAAAUGAAAACCAUCUAGCAAAUUAAAAGUCCCCUUCAAAAAAUCUGCACCUUUAUUAAAAGAGGAUUUCAUAAUGACAUUUAAGGAGCAAGCCACAAUACAGUGUAUAUUUCCUUGGUUGGUAUGAAUGCUUUGGGUAUUUAAAACAUGAAUAGAAGAUCGCCAAAAGACCUCAGAACAUGCCUUUUGAUAGGGAGUGCAGAAAGCUAUAGUUUAAUUAGAAAUUAUCUCGUUCAACCUAUUAACUCCUUUUUAUGACAGGCAAUAUCAUAUAAAAAG